AAAAUUAUAAAUAAAUAGAGUCUUAUAGCUCCAGGAUGAGGAUGUCAUGUUGCACCUUGUGGUAAAUUUAUUGAUAAUUUAAGUAUGCGGGUGCAACAAUAGAUUUACCCUGAAAAUAAACCAAAUAAAUUAUCAGAUUUACGAUGACGUAGUUCCGAAGCUAUUGUGGAAGAGGUCCUGAGGUCAUUAAAGACAACAAACAAGAGGGGAUAAGUAUUUCAAAUUUUAAAAUUAAACUUUAUUGUAAUAGUAAUUUAUCAUCCAGGGUCCAGUUGCUGUCAGUACUUACGUAGACUUUAUGAAGUAAACGUAAAUAAACUAAAUUUAAUUUCCCAAGUGCAUUUUGCUUAAAUAAUUUAUAAUAAAAAUAAAUAAUGAAUAAAUUUAUUGGAUUAAUUUUAUUUAUCAUUUUUUACGCUAGUGAGUCAAAACUUAAAUUUCUAGAAGACCAGGAGUAUAAAACUCUUAAUAGUGAAUAUGUGUUGGAAGUAUUAGGAUUACCAAAAAAGCCAGAAAAUAUUGUGAAGCCUAGCAUAGAAAGACGAUCAGCUCCUGUUUAUCUCAUGAAUAUCUACUCAAAUACUGUUGACAAAAUUAAUGCCAAUUACACGUCUUAUGAUCCGACUCAUUACGAUUAUCACAAAGUUAAUCAGAGUGAUAUUUUAAUAAGUUUUAUUGCUCAGCACAAAACCCAGAAAAAAGCAAUUCGGCGAAUGUGGUUUGAUGUUUUGAUAAACCAGACCCAAGAAUUGUCAUCUGCUGAUUUACGUCUCUAUCGUGAUAAUACUCAGACAAUGAAUCGUUAUCAGGGUUUUUCAUUCAACAUCACAGUCUACAGAGUUUAUAAAAAUGACAGUAACAAUAAAGUCGGAUAUAUUUAUGCUAAUUCUCAAAUCGUUGAUGCUGACUAUCAAGGAUGGAUUGUUACCAACAUCACCAGUUGCUUUCAGUGGUGGAUAGACAACCCGACACUCAACAAUGGCUUGAAGAUCGUGACGAUCCCAAUUUAUGACGACCAAUCUGAUAGAUCUGGAUCCAGUUAUAGUUAUAAAGUUAAACCAGAGGCAAUAGGAAUCGCUGGAUUUGAUGGAGAACCAGAUAAAUUUGCUUUCGCUGUCGGAUAUUACAAAAAUUUAAAUAUUGAAUCGACUACUUGCUGGGAUUGUAAUCGAGUAAUGAGCCUGCGAUAUAGAAGAAGUUAUUAUAUCAGUGAAGAGUUAAAUGACAAAGAAAAACAGGUAGUUAGAGAUCGGAUGGUGCGAUGCCAGUUGAGAGAUUUGUAUGUUGACUUUAAAGAAAUCGGGUACGAGGACUGGAUCAUUGCGCCAAAUGGAAUCGAUGCUUCAGAUUGUAUUGGCAAAUGCGAGUUCCCUUUCGAUAGUACUAUGAAUGCUACUGUACAUAGUCACCUUAAGUCUCUUAUGAAGAUCAACAAAGUGUCUUCUGUAUCACCGCUAUGCGCGCCGAUAAAAUACUCCGCAUCAAGCGUUUUGUUUUGGUUGGCUAAAGAUAAGGCUGUUCACAAAAUUAUGAGAGAAGCGAGUGCUACUAAGUGCGGAUGCCGCUGAUUAUUUUACUUUAUUUUAAAUGUUAGUAGAAUUGUCUAUACUAACUCAACUUAACUUUGGUUUUAUUAAUGUGAAUUCAUUUUUUAAAUAAUAAUAUAUUUUAUGAUAAAAUAAAAAAAGAAUAUGACGGUAAAUAAAAUUUUUGUGUGUUAUUUGAGUGAUUUAAUUAUUAAUUUUAUAUUUAUAAAAUAAUUUUUAUUCAAAUUGGUGUAUAGAUAUCAAAAUAAUUAUAAAGUUUAACUCCUAGGACAUAAUUAUUUUUAGCGAAGCUUAAUAUUUUGUAUCAAAUUUAUAUUACUUAUUAUAAAUAUUUAUGUAGUUGUAACACUAAUUACUGUGAUAAUUAUAAUGACAUGUCCUGGAAUUUUAAAAAAAAAAAAAAAAAAAAUUAUAAUAAUAAAUU